AUGAGAAACAUUUGUCACAGUCGAUCGAUUAUUGAUUUACAGGACUCGGUCGAUAUUAUAUGGUGGACGAAUGUCGUAUGUUUACCGAUGAUAGCAACAAUUGGUCUAGGAUGUAAUCUGUUGAAUAUCGCUAUAUUGACAAGUAACAAAGGAGCACGGCGGAUACCCAGUUGGACCCUACUGUUGGCUCUGGCCAUUUGCGAUUGCCUGUUUUUGGUUUUCGCCACUCUCGAUGUUGUACCGUCGAGUGUCCCGUCGUUGGCUUUUUCACCGUACUUCAACUAUUUCUAUUACCACAUCGUUCUGUAUAUCCGUACAAUGGCAUCAACGUUCUACAAAAGUAGCGUGCUAAUUGUUGUGGCCUUCAACGUGGAACGAUACAUCUGCGUGCUGCAUCCAUUCAAUUGUCAUAGAAUUUGCACCGGGAGGACAUCACGUAUUGCCGUAGCGGCUUGCUUCGCCGUGUCUUUUCUAUGUUCAAUCCAAUGGCCACUUGCAUAUGAAGUUCGACAUUGUUAUGAGCAUAUGAGCCAAGAAUUUUACUACGCCAUUGUGCUGUCCGAUAGUGAAACCUUAAGGUUGUACUAUCGAAUCAUGGACUAUGUGUCACUAAUGGCUUUCAAUGUACUGCCGAUCAUUUCGUUACUGGUAAUGAACUGCAUGAUCAUAUCCACAUUACGUCGAGUAGUAGCAGAAGAUGCUCGAAAAGAAGAGGAAUGCGCACGGCUAGCCGACGGGGCUCUUAUUCAGGAGAUAUCGUCUUAUCGACUGAAUCCGAAUGCGAUGCUGUUUGCCGUAGUAUUCAUGUUGCUGAUCUGUGUAGGACCACAGGCACCAGCUCGGUUGCUAUUUGAUGUAUAUGGGCAGUAUCACGCCAGAGCCAUCGUUUAUACAUGCCUUACACAACAGUUGGUUUUCCUGAAUGCUUCACUCAAUUUCGCUCUGUACUGUGUCGUAUCGAAGCGUUACCGUAUUCUGAUGCGACAGACAAUCAAACGUCUCCUGGGGCCUUUGAAAACUGUCGAUUUUCCAUUGAAAAUGAGUGGUGUACGACAUCAAAGUAAAAGUUCAACGGCACCGGCAACGUCGAUGGACGAUCAACAUAGCAGGAAUUUAAUUCUGAUUCAACCAGUCUAA